AUGCUCGUCUCAGAAGCCAUUGGUGUAGACUACCAAUACCUAGACGAAUGGUACGAGAACCUCAAGUCCGCCCCUACCACAGAUGACAAGAUAAAAUGGCGCAACAUGCUCGUAUGGAAUACCGCCCGCCACGCAAUCAGCGAAGAGCUUACCCCUCCCAAACUCACAUCCGCUCUUACAUUACAGGUCAAAGAAGAUCUCUACACACUCCAAUCCCUUUCGCCCUCAGACCAAAACUUCGCCCCUCUCCUCGAGCACCUAAUGCACGACCUGCACACCCACAUCGAGCACGAGAAAACCGAAGGCAUGCCUCAUCUCGAAGCCAAACUGUUCCGUGAGGAAAGCGAGACGAUGAUGGAGAGCUUUCCGGAUGAGGAAACGAAGAGUGCGGAGGUUGAUUAG